GGGCCUAGGCCUACCUUUCUUAAAAGAGAAGAAACAUGGGUGCAUUUUGAAAUGCUUUUCUGCAUCUACAUAAACCCAUUUCCUUAACCAGAAAAAAAUACAAAUAUCUUGGUUAGGGUUUAAGACACAGACAAGCUCAAAAGAAAACGCAGGUUACAAGUUACAACAAUGGCUUUCUUUGGUAAACUUGGGAAUAUUCUACGACAAGGGGUAAACCGGAAGAUUGUUUUGGAAUUGCGUCCGGCCCCAUCUGCUCUCCAGGCUAUAAGAUGCAUGUGUUCUGCUCCAACCACAAAGCUGUUUAUAGGGGGUAUUUUACAUCUGUCCGUUGCAGGUGUUUCAUAUUCAACUGAUGAAAAUAGUUUGAGGGAAGCUUUUUCAAGAUAUGGUGAAGUUCUUGACGCAAGGAUAAUUAUGGAUCGUGAAACUGGUAGAUCUAGAGGAUUUGGCUUUAUCACAUUCAAUUCAGUUGAGGAAGCAUCUAGUGCCAUUCAGGCCUUGGAUGGUCAGGAUCUUCAUGGUCGUCGGGUUAGGGUAAAUUACGCUAAUGAAAGGCCUCGUGUAUAUGGCGGCGGCGGCGGUUCUUAUGGUAAUGCGUCAUACGGUGGUGGAGCUGGGUAUGCAGGUGCUUAUGGUGGCUCUCCAUACGGUGGUGCUUCAAGUGGCGGUGGAAAUGUAGAUGGAGGUUAUGGGGGUGGUGGCUAUGGUGGAGGUAGCUCUGGACCAGGUGCCAAUUAUGGGGGUAGUAACUAUUCUGCUCCUAAUAGUUUCGGAACUAGCAAUGCUGGUAGCGGCAUUGGCUCUGCUGGUGGAUAUGAUGGAAGUGGGGGGAUGGAAUAUGGCGGCCGUGCCCAAUUUGAUAGCAAAGACUGUGGUAAUGUAAAUGAGGACUUGGGAGGUGACGGAGACUCGAUCCAUGGAAAUUUUAGCGAUGGUGAUGAUGUUGAGGACUCGAUCAAUGGCAAUGAUGAUACUGAUGAUUUUGCUAAAAGGGCCUGAUGGAAGCUUAGCUGGUAGUUUUCUAUUAUCCAUGUACCCCUGCCUCUAGCCUACUCCCUCAUAAAUUUUGAGGAAUCAGCCGGAAACCGAUUUCAGGCAUGACAUUUUGACCAACAAAACAUGGCAAAGAAUGUUAUCAAUCUUAUGCAUCAAUUUUCCCUAUCUCCGUAAGAGUGGAUCAUCUUAUUUUUAUUGCUUAAUUUGAGGUGAUUUAUCGUUUCACUAAAUUGAGAUACUUAAAUAGCAUGUAAAUCAAUGAAUUGUUGCAAUGUGGAAAUUUUACAUGAGUAGUUUAUUUUGAAGUUAUUAUUAUUACUA